CACUAGUCAACCGAUUUGUUUGGGCACGUCCAUAUUGCGCUGUCCACAGGUCGCGUGAUUUAAUUACAAUGUGCGUUUCAUCCCCCACUAUGUCGUGGCACGUCUGAACUUUAUUGUGGAUUAUUUGCUCUCCCACGAAUAGUUUUGAUGUUUACACGCUGACAGCUAGCGAGAGUAACGUAUGCAAAAUGGCGGAUAUUGAAUUAAAUCUACGUGACCUUUGCUUCACUUUCGGAUCAUUGGUAACAUUUGUCUGGCUGCUAUACUGGUGCGGAACAUAUCGGUUUUCUGUUCUUAAAAAUCUUGGUAUACCUGGACCUGAGCCAUGGCCAUUCUUGGGAAGUAUUCUCGAAGUGCACAAGUUUGGUGGUCUGCAUGUCAUGUUGUUAGAGAACAUGAAGCGCUACGGAAAGAUCUUUGCGGUGUGUUUGGGUCGAUCGCCCACAAUUGUUAUCACUGAGCCAGAGGUCUUAAAAACAAUUUUAGUAAAGGAAUUUACCAGUUUCAGGAAUCGAUCGGACGAGGUUAAACCUCCUCCUCCUCUUAACUGUGGCCUUUUGGCAGCCAGGGACGAUCAGUGGAAGCGAAUUCGAAGCAUUUUGUCACCAUCGUACACAACUGGUAAAAUGAAACAGAUGAUUCCACUUAUGGACGAUGCAGUGAAUGUACUGAUGAUGAAGUUAGAUGAAGUAGCUGACGCAGAAAAAAGUGUAGAAGUAGUGGAGUUGUUCAGCAAGUUAACUCUUGAUGUCAUCUUGUUAACUGCUUUUGGAAUCAAAACUGACAUUCAGACAGAUCCACAGAACUCAGUGACAAAAGAGGCACGAAAGUUGUUCCGUAGGUUGUGGCUGACGCCUUAUCUAUCGAUAUUCCCCUGUAGUUCUUUACUGAGGCGAAUAAUAGCGUUUUUUCGGCAAGGUUUAGCGUUCUUCGUGGGCGCGGCAAAAGAGAUUUUCGAAGAGAGGAAAAAAUAUGCUACUGAGGGACGAAAUGAUCUGAUACAGCUCCUGCUAACCGCUCACGAUGAACCUGCAGCUCAGGGUGUCAGUAAACUGUCCGAUGACGAGGUGAUAGCUCAGUUGAUUACGUUUUUAUUGGCGGGUUAUCAAACUUCCAGCAGCACACUGGCAUUCACUGCAUAUCACCUCGCUAUGGAUUCUGAUGUCCAAGAAAGACUAAGGUGUGAGGUAGAGAUUGCCAUUCAAACUUACCACGAUUUGCCUUUGUACGAUCUCGUCCACGAAAUUGAGUAUCUCGAUUGCGUCAUGAACGAAUCUAUGCGGCUUUGCCCACCCCUUCACAUCUUUAAUCGGAAAUGCGAAGAAACAUGCACAAUAAGUCCAGGCCUCACAAUACCCGCCGGUAUGGAUGUUACCAUACCGGUUUACGCGCUUCACCACGAUCCCGAAGCGUGGCCCGAUCCCAAAGUAUAUGACCCGGAGAGGUUUCGGGGACCCGCCAAGGAAGCGCGUCACCCGUUCCAAUUCCUUCCGUUUGGCGCCGGUCCAAGGAACUGUAUUGGAAUGAAAUAUGCCAUGAUGGAAAUCAAAGUCGCCUUAGUCAGGAUUUUGAGGAAGUUUAAGUUUGUUCGAGCACCUGAUACACAGGUACCAUUAAUUUUACAUUCGGGCGUUACCCUCGGCCCGAGGGAUGGGAUACAUUUACGGGUCAAGCGAGUUAAAAGUCUAAUUUGAAAUCAGGUGAAACGGAAAAGAAGUAGGAAUGAUGAGGAAUGGAGAAAAUUAACGCGGAUUGCAAAAGAUCUGAAAUUCAGAAGUGAUUAUCAUAUAACUUCUUUCUAUGAUAUCCACACAUUCAGCAAACAGGUAUUGAGGAAUACUUAAACUUAUCAGGUAAAAAAUGUCCCCUUGGUCCAACAACAAAUCAGAUCUUGGUAGUCAAACGUCAGGUUUAAUUUCUCAAAUUCCUGUUAGAAUUUAAUCUCGUACCCAGAUCCUAUCGUGUAACUUAAACCGCUUGGCCGUGGAAAGUCUGGGUAUGAGCAUUGUCAGAAUCAUCAUGAUGGCUCCUGAAAUAAUUUUAUUUUCACCAGAAUGAGGAGAAAGUCGAAGGAUUUUGGAGUGCACAUACACAUUCAGAUUUUCCAAGUACUGGAAUUGUUUUGAACAGGAUUCUGUUGACUGGAAAGGCUCACAUGUAUUUAUAUCUGCAAAAAGAAAUUAAAAAUUGAGAGUUAUACUGGAUAAAAAGUCAAGAAAGAUAAGGAAAAGAACUGAUUUAACUGAAUACACAGAAGAGCCGUGCUGAGAAAAGGAGUAUCUCUUUCAGGCAUAGAAAUAAAGCUAACUCGUUUCUAGUGCUCUCUCUCUCUUCUUUCUUAGUUCAAGUGCCAGGUGCAGUUAAAAUAGGAGAAUGCAUAGUAUGCCCAGACCUCACACUACCGACUCAUGUUCUGCUCCUACUCGAUUUGUUGUCACCAAAUCACUUUUUUUGGUGCGUUGAUAGCAACCAUUCAAAAUUCUAAGAAAUGCAAAUCGAGAUUGGACGGCUAUUGAGAGGGGAGAAGCCGACGAACGUUCGUGCAGGAACGCGCCAUAAAACAGUCUAGGCGGCAUGGAGAGGAGAGUGAAAACGAAGAAAGAAAAGCAGAUCUAUUUUCCUUGUAUCUGUGUUAAACCAGAGUUGGUGGAGGGGACUACUCACUCUGGACACUUCCGAAACAUCCAAUAUAAUUAUUGCCUGGAGAUCGGAUACUACGCUCUCAAAUAAUACUUGUGGCACGAGGUUCUUAGACAAAAGAGCAGUUACAGUUGUAAGCCAAACUCAAGUUAUCUUUUCAGUACACUUUAAAUCAGGCAAGCCUUACCAUGCUAUAAUGUCCUCAGUCGCUUCAGUGAUGAUGAUGACAGGAAUUUUCAACUUGGUUUGCUUCGAAUUCUUCUUGAAAGGCUGAAAGUGGUAUUAACAGAUUUGUAUCUUAGACAAUAAGUAGGAGAAGUAAAACAGGCCAUAGAUAUUAACAGAAUGAAUGUUCCAGACGCGAUAAUUAUGCAAAUUCAAAAAUCAAAAUUGGGAAUGGCGUGAUUCUUUCAACAACCCUUUUAAUUCACGUGCAGUGUGAGCGCAAUCCUGACAUUUUAUUUUACGCUCUGUGAUUGAUCUAAAAAUCGGGUAAGGAAGUGACUACGAAAGCGAUCUGCGCAGUAAUGAACACUCUUAGAGCAUUAGUAAAAAUAAGGCCUGAAAAAAAAAAGUGCGAUCAGUCCUGUACGGAAUUUGAACCCUUGACUCCUGUGAUACCGAUACCUUGGUUCUGUUGGGUCGUAAUGAUUUCUUUGGAUUGUUGUCCAUUAGACUUAAAUGAAUAGCGUUCAUAGGAUAGCAAUACAUGGCUAAAUAACAUUUCCUGUCCAAAGGUAAUCAGUACUCUGCCUGCUUACCAAACUCAUGGACAUUCUCCUGAACAUGUCUAAGAAACAAGAUUUGCGUUCUUUUCGUCGGUUUUUAAGCCAAUUGGGUUGGCUGUUCGCACUACGCAUCGCCAUCUCCCAGUUGUAGUCUCUCUCGCUUCUUAGAUGAGCCUGUGAAGUAGGAUACUUGAUUUUUUCCAAUUUAAUUCAAAGACAUAAAGAUAAAAUAGGUAGCAAUAAAUUCAAAGAUAGAAUAGGUGGCAAUUCUAUCUUCAAGCUGC